UUAUCACUUUUAUUUAACAGACUACUGGAAAUCUGCACAAUAAGGAAGAAAAAGAAAAAGCAGUCAGCUUAGAAAGAAAAAAAACUCCCUAUUUAUUUGCUGAUGAAAUUAUUAUCUAUGUAAAAAAUUCCAAGGAAUCUAUACAACCCCCCCUAAAAUUAGUAAGGGAGUUCAGCAAGAUGGCAGGUUACAAGAUCUGCACACGAAACCAGUUAUUCAGAAUGCAGCACAGAGGGACAAAAAGAUGGAAAAUAUAGACGGUAGGUUAAAAAUAAAGGCUUCUUAUGUUCGAGUUCCAGAAGGAGAGAGAAAAUGAGACAGGCAUCUGAAGAAAAAUGACUGCGAUUUCCCAAAACUGGUGGAAGAUACCAACCCACAGAUUAUAGAAAUCCAAAGACUUCCAAGCAAGAAACAAAACAAAAAGAAGAAAAAAUAUCCCACUUAGACUUAUGAUAGCGAAAUUGCAGAACAGCGAAAGAUGGAGAGCUGAGGACGGAGAAAUCCACAGGGGCCAAGUGAAAACAACGUUUACACCUUGGACUUAGCGAUAAAAGCGAACUCGUACUUGCACAGUCAUUGGCGCCUGCCAAACCCCUUACACAUGUUAGGUGAUUUACUCCUCACAGCAAAUGUAUUAGGUAGAUUCUAUUACUGCUUUUAUUUUACAGAUGAGGGAGUUGAGAUUUGGUUAUUUGCCCAAAGGAGCACACUUUAUCGAUGUAGCGAUAGGAUUUUGAACAAGGUAGUUCUCGCUCCAGUUUUGUGCCCUUAACCACUACACAUACUUGUUUCUCCAAAGGGCAAUGGGAAAAUGGGAAGCCACUGAAAGAUUUUAAACCGGGGAGUGAUAACAUUUGUUUCUGGAAGAUCCUGGCACCACUGUGGAUAGUGGAUUAAGUGGGGCUAAAGGUGGAAAUAAAGAAGCUGCUGGAAUAAUGUAGCCCCAAGCAGGGAGGGCCUGAAUGAACUAGUGAGGUGGCAGAAGGCGCAGGCACAAGCAAAUGGAUUCGCGAGCUCUUCCGGAGUCGAGUCCAUAGAGCUUGACCUGGGAUCGCGUUUUACUCCGGGUGCAGAGUGAGGAAAACCGGGUUUCUGACGCAGGCAAUUCGGUGGAUAGUGAAAGUCAUUCACUGAAGUGGACUGAAGCGGGGCGCACAGGAGACUCGGAGGCCUGAGGACGAGCUAGGCUUUGGACACGAUGGAUUUGUGGCGUCUGUAAAGCCGGCGGCCAGCCGAGGGGCAGGAAAUGGCAGAAAGCAGAAGCCGCAUCUCUAGAGCUCUCCGAGAAGGACCUUCGAGAGCCCCGGCCUUAGCGAAGCUCGGCGCGGCGCUGCACGCGUCUCCGGAAGCCGCGCGCGCAGGCGCAGAGCGGGGGGCGCCCCCUGGCGGCGCAGGGACCGCCUCCAACCUCGCGCCGCCGCCGCCCGCCUCAGCCCAACAUGGCGAUGCACAACAAGGCGGCGCCGCCGCAGAUCCCGGACACCCGGCGGGAGCUGGCGGAGCUCGUGAAGCGGAAGCAGGAGCUGGCGGAAACAUUGGCAAACUUGGAGCGACAGAUCUAUGCUUUUGAGGGAAGCUACCUGGAAGACACUCAGAUGUAUGGCAAUAUUAUUCGUGGCUGGGAUCGGUAUCUGACCAACCAAAAAAACUCCAAUAGCAAAAAUGAUCGAAGGAACCGGAAGUUUAAGGAAGCUGAGCGGCUCUUCAGUAAAUCCUCAGUUACCUCAGCAGCUGCAGUAAGUGCAUUGGCAGGAGUUCAGGACCAGCUCAUUGAAAAGAGGGAGCCAGGAAGUGGGACGGAAAGUGACACUUCUCCAGACUUCCACAAUCAGGAAAAUGAGCCCAGCCAGGAGGACCCUGAGGAUCUGGAUGGAUCUGUGCAGGGAGUGAAACCUCAGAAGGCUGCUUCUUCUACUUCCUCAGGGAGUCACCACAGCAGCCAUAAAAAGCGAAAGAAUAAAAACCGGCACAGGAUUGAUCUGAAGUUAAACAAAAAACCACGAGCUGACUAUUAGAAGACACAUUAGUACAGAAGCUUCCAGGCUGUAGAGCCCUGCUUCCCUUCUCUGACCUCACAAAGAUAAACAUCCUUCACCUGAGUUCGUGGCCAUCCACCUCUGCUCUCCCAGACCCAGUGCCUGUGACUUUGAGUAGUUUGUUCUAAAUGUGGUGACAAACAAGUCAUUUCUGUAAGACAUUGGGUCUUACUUUAUGUCAUUUUUAGUAACAGAACUGCAGGAAGAUCAAGACAAUGUUGUAAUCCCGGCAAGUUGCUAACUGUGCGUUUCUCCCUUCUUAGAAUGAAUGUCUCCCCCAAAACUGGCUGGCACCAGCUUCAUCUGUGAUACCCAUCAAGAAAUGUUCUCUGGUUUUGUUUUAUGCUGAAAGUAGAACACAAGUCACAUUUCAGAUGGAGGCUGUAAAUAUCUGGCAUUUUCUUAUAUUGUUUUAUGUUUUCUUGUUUUUCUCUUGUUGUUUUUAUCUUAUUUUCUUUGGGGUUUUUUUGUAAUGCCUUUGUACAGCUCAUACUUUCCUGCUGACAUAUCUGAUCAUCUCUUUCAUGCAGUUGCCAAUAUUCAUAACUGAAAAUAAUCUGGUUUAUCAUAAGUAAAAUGGGAAACUUGCCUCUGUUUUUUUGCAAGGGGAGGUAAAGAGUGUUUAGUAAUUACCUAUCUUAAAUCUUUCUGAGUUGGUAGUAGAUUCAUGUUCAAGGAACAGGAAAAAUGGAAAAACAUAAGUUUAAAUCAGUUCUUUUUAAAUAACUAUUUUUAUUCUUUUGUAUAAAUAAAAUUUCGCAGGCUUCAAAUUCUCAUGCUUUACUUUUAAACCCGAGAUUGUUUUUUCACAUAUUUAUUCAUAUCAUGCCUUAUGGAAAUUUCUUUUUCUGUAUUUUCUCUCUUUGCUGGUAUUCACCUGAUUAAAUAUUGCUCUAAAAAUCACCAUGGCAUAUGGAAAGUCUCAAAAUUUUACCAAAAGUGAUAACUUAUGUCGUUCUUAAGAGGAGUGAAAGGAUAGCGUAAGUGAGAGCCAGUGUUGCCCACCAGGUCUCCCUUUCUUGGAGGGCUUGAUGGGGCUGAGGAAUCUGCUAGUAAUCGUUACCUGCCUCUAGUGCUGUGGUGAAUUUGCGACAGGGUCUGGCUGCACAUUGGAAUCACCUGAGAAGCUUUAAAAUACUCAUGCCUGGAUCCCACCCCUAGAGACUGGGGUACAGCCUAGUUAUUGGGAAUUUCUUUAAAAGAGUUCCUGGGAUUCUGAUAAGAAGCCAGGUUGAGAACCACUACAUUAGAAGACUGAAUAGUUUAAUUUAAAUCCUAUGUUAUGAAUUGGUCUAAGGAAUAAGAUUUGGGGUCUAACCUUUCCUUUCACUCUAGUUAGUCAUAGUCCUUGACUUACGCCUAUAUCUUUAUUGUAAGAAAUAGUAUGUUUCAUUUGUGAUAGUAUUGGUAAGGGCUGAAUAUGGAUGGCAUCUGCUGUAAAACAAGUCUACCUUGUCAGAUGUGCAAAAGCUUUCACUCUUGUUCUCAAAUAAACUUUUGUGGGUUUUUUUUUUUUUUUUCCGA